GGGACGACCGCGGCUACCGCUCCAGAGCCUCCGGGUCGGGGCGGCGGCGGCGGCGCUCCGGCUCCCGCUGAGCCGCCUGCUGGCCCCGCGCCCCACCCCCUCCCCACGGGCUGGGGACGGGCCCCGCGCAGCUGGGUGGGCCCGGGAGCGGAGUGGCAGAAUCCAAGGACCCUUUUUGUUUUUUCUCCAUAUUACUUGAUGGGAGGCAUUAUGGCCCCCAAAGACAUAAUGACAAAUACUCAUGCUAAAUCCAUCCUCAACUCAAUGAACUCCCUCAGGAAGAGCAACACCCUCUGUGAUGUGACAUUAAGAGUAGAGCAGAAAGACUUCCCUGCCCAUCGGAUUGUGCUGGCUGCCUGUAGUGAUUACUUCUGUGCCAUGUUCACGAGCGAGCUUUCAGAGAAGGGGAAACCAUAUGUUGAUAUCCAAGGUUUAACUGCUUCUACCAUGGAAAUUCUGUUGGACUUUGUAUACACAGAAACAGUCCACGUGACAGUAGAGAAUGUACAAGAACUGCUCCCUGCAGCCUGUUUGCUUCAGCUGAAAGGGGUGAAGCAGGCCUGCUGUGAAUUCUUAGAAAGUCAACUGGACCCUUCUAAUUGCCUGGGUAUCAGGGACUUUGCUGAAACUCACAAUUGUGUUGACCUGAUGCAAGCAGCUGAGGUUUUUAGCCAGAAGCAUUUUCCUGAAGUGGUACAGCAUGAAGAGUUCAUCCUUCUGAGUCAAGGAGAGGUGGAAAAGCUAAUCAAGUGUGAUGAAAUUCAGGUAGAUUCUGAAGAGCCGGUCUUUGAGGCUGUCAUCAAUUGGGUGAAGCAUGCCAAGAAAGAGCGAGAAGAAUCUUUGCCUGACCUGCUACAAUAUGUGCGGAUGCCCCUACUGACGCCCAGGUACAUUACAGAUGUAAUAGAUGCUGAGCCUUUCAUUCGCUGUAGUUUACAGUGCAGGGAUCUAGUUGAUGAAGCAAAGAAGUUUCAUCUGAGGCCUGAACUUCGGAGUCAGAUGCAGGGACCCAGGACAAGAGCUCGUCUAGGAGCCAAUGAAGUGCUUCUGGUGGUUGGUGGCUUCGGAAGCCAGCAGUCUCCCAUUGAUGUAGUAGAGAAAUAUGACCCCAAGACUCAGGAGUGGAGCUUUUUGCCAAGCAUCACUCGUAAGAGACGUUAUGUGGCCUCAGUGUCCCUACAUGACCGGAUCUAUGUAAUUGGUGGCUAUGAUGGCCGUUCCCGCCUCAGUUCAGUGGAAUGUCUAGACUCCACAGCAGAUGAGGAUGGGGUCUGGUAUUCUGUGGCCCCUAUGAAUGUCCGACGAGGUCUUGCUGGAGCUACCACCCUGGGAGAUAUGAUAUACGUCUCUGGAGGCUUUGAUGGAAGCCGACGUCAUACCAGUAUGGAGCGAUAUGACCCAAACAUUGACCAGUGGAGCAUGCUAGGAGAUAUGCAGACAGCUCGAGAGGGUGCUGGACUAGUAGUGGCCAGUGGAGUGAUCUACUGUCUAGGAGGAUAUGAUGGCUUGAAUAUUUUAAAUUCAGUUGAGAAAUACGAUCCACAUACUGGACACUGGACUAAUGUUACACCAAUGGCUACCAAGCGUUCAGGUGCUGGAGUAGCCCUUCUGAAUGACCAUAUUUAUGUGGUGGGGGGAUUUGAUGGCACAGCCCACCUUUCUUCAGUUGAAGCAUACAACAUUCGCACUGAUUCCUGGACAACUGUCACUAGUAUGACCACUCCGCGAUGUUAUGUAGGGGCCACAGUGCUUCGAGGGAGACUCUAUGCAAUUGCAGGAUAUGAUGGCAAUUCCCUGCUGAGUAGCAUUGAAUGCUAUGACCCAAUCAUCGACAGUUGGGAAGUAGUGACAUCCAUGGGAACCCAGCGCUGUGAUGCUGGUGUGUGUGUUCUCCGAGAGAAAUGACCAUUGUUAGAGCACCAUCCAGAGCUAGUGACCAGUCCAGAGGACAGAUUGUGGAAGAGUCAAGGAUCCUUUCCAGAAUAUCUAUUUCUCACUGUGUGCACAGAGUGAUUACAAGCACCAGUGCAGUGAUGAUUGUACUUAUUUGACCACACUCCCCCUCGCGCUGGUAAUAUCCCACACAAGGGUGUGAAACAGGUACCCAAGGGAAGAGAAUGCACAGUGAAUGGAUGUGAGACCAGAUAGCCUCUCCCUCUGGUCUGGGGAGCACUUUCUUAUUAUUUCUUUCUUAACCAUGUGCUUGGGAGUGUGUGUGUGUGUUCUGCCUCUUACAUUGCAGAGAACUAAGGUGGGUAUGGCCUCUACAUAUAGACAGUACCCAGUCUAAAUGAUUGGAGGGAUUCCAGCUUGAGUAAGCUUGGUAAAAUCCAAGGCCAAGUCCCUCCUGCCCCCACCCGGGAACAAAUACCUUUUCUAAUCUACAAAGAGCUGAGGACUCCACAGUUCCAUUCAGAAAAAAAACAAAAGGGAAAGCCCUAUCAAAACUUUGGGGGCCAAGGGAAGAGUUCUGUGUGACAUCCCUUAAGGGAAAAGGUUUGGUAUAUCCAAACUGAGGUUAGAAUAAGUGACAUGAACUGAGUUUGAUGGGAUGUGAGUGAACCUACACUACCACUAAAUAUAACCUAGAAGACUGAGAAGGAUAUAUUAUUUGAAAGAUCUUUUUAUUACCCCAAGUUCUUUCUAAAAGUAAAGUGCUGUACAUCUUGGAACUGGAGACUGAGAGAAUACAGAAUGAACAAAUGUUGGAAUGAGAGGAGAUGGCUUAAAUAUACCUGGGGAUAAACUAGAAGUACCUGUGA